UGCUAGGUGUAAUAUUGAGAGUGAUAAGCUUAAGGCUAGAGUUGCCAAGUUAGAACAAGAUUCUAGACAGCCACAGGAUUAUUCACCUUUUGAGGAAGCUUUUAGUGUACCAGAAUCUGUAGUAGUCCAGCUCAAGAAGCAUAUGCCUUUCAGAGAGAAUGUGAAACCAGAAGCGUUACCAGAAGUAGCUGUAACUGCCAGCCCUUCACUUUGCGAAGAGGAUAGAAAGACCGAUGAAUUCCUAGAUUUGGUGCAAAAGAGAAGUGUUAGUGAUAGGAUAAGACAUAGAAAGCGAAAGGAAAAGCUUCAACAUGAGACAACGGAGAAUCCAAAGAAUCAAGAGGCACCUAUGAUUUCCUAG